AUGGAUCACGAGUCGUCAACGGUGCGCCAUCGGGUGGUGCUGGGUGACACUGUGCAGUUUGCGAUCCCGUCCAAAGAAGGAGAAGACGAUCCUCGAACGCCGGAUCCACCCGAAGAGAACACAGAGUUUGAAGGCUCUGGAGGUUCUUGGGGCACCUCGAAAGGAAGCGGUUCUGCAGGUGUGUCUUCCGGAAGUGCUCCAGGUGCGCACCGACGACAAAGCGCUGGUCAUCCAGGCCCAUCCCCAGCCUUUCUGGCCGUGGUGGAGCAACUGGUGCAACAACACCAGGUCGAGCUCACGCUGGCCAAGACGCAGAGUCGCAAGAUGAAGAGCUUUGAUCUCCCGGCAGCAAACACACAAGAUAUGGAGCGCCUGGUGUCGUGCUCGUCCAAUGCCUAUGGAUCAUACGGUCGCAAGUCCGAGGGCUCCCAGCAUUCCUUGAAGUCGGGGUCGCAAGGCUCUCUGCCCAAGGGGAUGUUGCAGCGCAGCGGAACGGUGGCCGCCAAGGUCAUGUGUGAAAGGAACCAUGACCUCAAAGAGCUCAACGCGAGUUUGCUCCUGGAAGCCUUUGAUGAGAAGGCUCUAAUCGAAGAAGAGCAGGAAGAGAGGAAGAAGGACCGCUUGAGCUAUGCGAAGACCAACGCCUCGUUCGCGACCUUCGACUGGGAUGAGAUGGAGAAGGAAACUUGGUUCACCAGGUGUCAAAUCUUUUUGCAAUCCACUCGCUAUGAGUUUUUGAUUGCCGCAGCUGCUCGGCUGGCAAUGCGGUCCGUGCCGAAGAUCUCCCAGGGUGAGGAGGUUUUCGACGGAGUUCAUGGUGAAGAGUAA